AUGAACAGCAAUCGCAUAAAUCAAUCUCCAGUCAUCUUCUUCUUCCUCCGAUCAUGCGAUUCCUCAGUUUACACGAUGAAAUCUAGUGAAAUCCGAUCCUGUUCGAUCUCUCUAAGGCGUUCUCCAUCUCCAGGAAUUGCAACGAAAGCGCAUCAAAACUGGUGGAGUAUCUCAUGUUCCCAAGUUCGAGAUGAAUUCGAUUCAGUCAUCAACAUUCCAGAUCGAAAAUCAAUGAUAUUGGCUGCCAAAAGGAAUGGCGUCUGA